UGGGCCUUCUGUGUUAUUUCCCAUGAUUCAUUGCAAUAGCCUAUUCCUCAGGCCUUGUUGGAAGGAAAACUUGAUGGCACGUUGCACCAGCAGAUUGAAAAUAUCGCUAUCUCUUCUGGGUAGUAUUAGAUCUUGGGUACGAGUUAUUAGUACGCCUAGUAUUUCUAAAAUGUCUACUGUUAUAGUGCAUAGUUUACCCGACAAUGACUCGAUGACAAUAUCAUUCAUUCAUGAGGGAAAGCAUAGACAUAUGGAGCGUGCGAAAGAUGAAAUCUUAGAGAAAUCUUUGAAAAGAAUCUUCUUGUCCAUACAAAAUUCGAAAAAGAAAUCUAAAAAAGACAAGAAAGAAACUGUGAAUGUCAGACAAGAGGAAGACCAAGCUGUUUCGCUAUGGUUUGGCAACGARAUGGUGUCUGGUGUCCUUCCAAAUGAGGUGGCAUGGAAAGAUGGUUCAUUUUUGAAGCUGGGAGAUCGAGAUUURCCUGUUGAAGUUAAUCCACCAAGGGUGAUUUCAUUAUCACUGCCCAGCCACAUAAUGGCUGAUUUUCCUAUAUUUCCUGUAGUUGAAGUUCAGUUUGCAACUAUAGAAAGCUGUGUAUUUKCGUGGUAUCGUUCUCUUAAUCCAAUUGAUGACUCGGCAAGUGCCAGUCCUCUUAAGCCGUCAGARUACCAAUGGSAAGAAGUGGGAAGUUCUUUCUUUUACAAGCCUUCAUUGUCUGAUAUAGGUUGCUACUUGAAGUUGGUUUGUACUGCAGCCAGUCAAGAAAGGAUAAGUAGUGUGAGUACAGAGRCUAUAAGUUUAGCAAGGGUAUCUGCAGGUCCUGGUCUUUGCCCCUUUGAAAACAGACAGCUAUAUACAUCAAAGAAACUUGGCAAAGGACACUUAAGAGUAGUAUCCUAUAAUAUUCUUGCAGAUGUAUAYUCUAGAGAACCUUUUGCUCUUAAUGUCCUUUAUCCCUAUUGUUCUAUGUAUGCUAUAACGAUUGGUUAUAGGCAACAGUUACUUCUCAAAGAGCUGUCAGGCUACAAUGCAGAUAUACUUUGCUUACAGGAAUGUGGCACAAAAAUUUUCCAUGAUUUCUUGGAAAGAGCCAUGAGUAUGCUGGGAUACCAAGGUUUCUUGAAAUGCAAACCAGGUGUUCCUGAAGGGGAAGCCAUUUUCUUUAACCAAGAGAAAUUAGAGUUUGUAAGAAGCCAUGAUAUAGCAAUGAAAGAUGCUCUUCUCCAAGAUCCCAUAAAUGAGGGAAUUCUGGAUCAUAUAUCAUCAAUUCCAGCUCUUCUAGRGACUCUAACAAAGAGAAAUUCUGUUGCUCAAAUAACAAUAUUGAAAGAUAAAGAACAAAACAAGUUAUUAUGUGUAGUUAAUACUCAUCUCUACUACAAACCAAAGUCACCUCACGUCAGAUUGAUACAAGCUUCAAUUAUUUUGAAUGAGGUCAAGAAAGUUAUCAGUCUUGUAAYUUCCARUCAAGGUCAGGAAUCAGAUCCUGAAGGGUUGCCGAAAAAACAGUUAACAAAUCUGGAGAAUGUGGCACUGAUCUUUUGUGGUGAUCUUAAUAGUGAUCCAAGGUCUGGUCUGAUUGAGUUACUUAGUACAGGUGUUGUUGAUAAUGGCCAUCCUGACUGGACAAUCAAUGAAGAUCAAGACGAGCAUUGUCAAACAAUGACUGUCUCACAUCAGUUUGAUUUUACUAAUGCAAGUGGGUUUCCUCCCUAUACCAAUUUCACUCUAGGUUAUAAAGGUACUUUAGAUUAUAUCUUUUGUGAGAAAAUUCACUUUGAAGUUCAAGCUGUGAUUCCUGUACCACCAGAAGAUGAAUUACUACAACAUUGUGCUUUACCAUCAGUUGUAAUGCCAUCUGAUCAUAUUGCUGUCGUGUGUGACCUCAGAUGGAAAUAGUUUAUGCAGCUUAACUAUGAUUUCUUGUUAAAUUAUGGAAAAUAGAGUAGAUUUAGUAUGACUGUAUUGAUACAAAAUGGAAAUAUUARUUCAAGAAUAUGUCAUGGCACAUUCAGCAGGGAAGUUCCAUGUCCUUUGCACAGUCAACUCUGUUAUAAUGAUCAAUUAUUGAUAAUUAUUGUCUCAUAUAUAUUCCUACAGUUUUUUCCAGAACAAUGUAUGUCUGUAAUUGAAUGCAAAUGUCUCAAGUAAAUGAUCAUUAUACUCUUAA